GCUGUCAUUAUUAUCAGAUAGACCCCCUCCUCCUCCUCCGGUCUCCUCCCCCGGAGCUGCCGUGCUCUGCCCCCUCCUCCGGUCUGCCCAGUCUGCAGGCACCGAGUGCCCGGGAGCGGGGAGGACAGCGGCGCCGCUAUACACGUGGUGGAAACUGAUGUGAAAACAUUUCUCAAUGCAGUUCUAUCUGGAGCACACUGGACCCUUCUAGAGAGCCAAGAAACGUGCACCUGGAUGUGGUAACCACUGACUUUCAAGGGUCUGUACAUAAGAACCAUUGCUUCAUAAAGACUGGACCCUCUUAACUGUCGCACCCCCGUGACAAGGAUAUUGGAACAAAUGUCUGCAGCCAAGGACAGCAACUUGUCUGUAACUUGGAUCCCUGGAACCAUUACAACUUCAUAGCCACAGUCUUAUAAAGUAUCCUGGAAUUAUAAUACUGGGCCUAGUUACCAUCAAGCCUCCAUAAUCACCUGUUAGUCAAAAAGCAAAGGAACUGUACCCUAGAACUUGGGCGUCAUCAUGGACCUGAACCUCAGGACCAUCUCUCUAUAAGGAACCAGUUAAGGAGAGUCUGUGAGAUGUGGAUAAGACUCGCCUACAGACGUUAAAAUACGGUGAAAAAAAAAGUUCAUUUUCAUGAGAGUGCAUUUGUCUCAGCACAGCUGUCUUAUUCAUCAGAUCUUUUCUUAGACAGGGCUGGACGAGUGGUUUCCAGAAGAGGAUUGCGCAAAGUUCUUUGUUCUUUGGUGAUUCUGCCAGCAAUAAACUAGUUAUGCAAGUCAGCACAAAUGAUAACACCUCCUAUAUAGAUAGAUUGCUGACCAUGAAAUCUGUCCGAGCAGAAGGGAUUUUCAGACGACCAAAAUGAACAGUAAACAAGGAUGGAGAGCCGGCAUUGCCUUCCUUACUGUCAUGCUCGGCUUUGGGAUGCUGUGGUACCUACUUGUGGUACAUGUGGAUACCUACUUACCCAGGUCCUAUGUAAACGUCGGAGUCAUGUGCACUCCAGGUGACGUCGCUUCCAAAGCAGCUUCUGUGAUCAGCAAUUACUCUAGGAAUCACCCCGUCUUCCUGCAGCUCAGAGAUUAUUUCUGGGUGAAGAACGAGUCUGUUUAUCCUUUACCGUACGGCACAAAAGGAAGUGAGGAACUACUGAUGAAAUUUCUGGCAUUGUCGAACCAAUACCACGUACCUCAAGAAAUAGAGAGGUUACGGUGCAGACGGUGUGUAGUGGUCGGAAAUGGGCACAGGCUAAAAAACAGCUCUCUGGGUGAAGUCAUUAAUAAAUACGACGUGGUGAUCAGACUGAACAAUGCUCCUGUCCACAAUUACGAGAAGGAUGUCGGCAGUAAGACCACCAUGAGAUUCUUCUACCCAGAAUCUGCUGACUUUGACCCUCAGCUGGACAACAACCCUGACACUUUAUUGGUGCUGGUGCCAUUUAAGCCUCUGGACAUCCAAUGGAUGAAGAUUAUUCUGAAUAAUGAGAAGAGGGUUCAUAAAGGAUUUUGGAAAAUGCCCCCUUUAGUUUGGGAGGUGAGCCCACAGAAUACGCGGAUCCUAAACCCCUAUUAUAUGGAGGUGACCGCCACCAAGAUCCUGGACACCAUCAUUGCUGACCAGAAGUCCUCAAAAAAGAUGAAAGCGAAACCCACUACUGGCAUGCUGGCGAUCACUUUUGCCCUCCACUUCUGUGAUCUGGUUGACAUUGCCGGAUUUGGUUAUCCAGCAUCAUCUAACAAGAAGCAGUCGAUCCAUUACUAUGAGAAGGUGAUGCUAAAAUCCAUGGCGGUAUCUGGACAUAACAUCUCGAUAGAAGCUACUGCAAUAAGGAACCUGCUCCAGCACCAGCUCAUUCGCAACCUGACAUAUUUCUGAGGGAGUUUUGGAUAUGUAUGCGUGUCCUCCCUGUAUGUCAGACACCCUGCACCUGGCAGACUCUAAAAGACAUUUGUGCAGUACCCACCACCCAGAAGAUCUUGUACAGAACCUCCACCUUCUCUGCACCCGAGUGGCUGUCACAGGGCACAGUGAAAUGUUGACUGAACUCUUAAUUUUAUUUUUUAUAGAUUAUUAUUAUAAUUUUUUUUUAAAGAACUAACCAUAUAAUAUUUAUUUAAGACUUUGUCACUGUUUGUGCCAUGACAUGAAGAAUCAAGGAUUACGGUGACUUUUGCUGCCCUCCUCUGUAUAGAAAAGACAAUGACAGAUAGGACUGAGAUAUUGGGAUCCCUCUGCUGUCUUGGAUCCGUCAGUUUUUUUUUCUACAUGAUUUUCACUGUCCAUGUUUACUAUUUGUAAGAUUUCUGACUUUGCCCUGAAGGAGACUAUUACGCAAGCCGCUGGACCCACAGAUAAAUGGGGCGGGACCCCAUGCUACGUGCCAAUUCUUUCUAUCUUCUCAAAUCAUUGGGUUACAAAAAUGUGUAGAUCUGGCGGACGUCGGCCCUCAUCUCACCAAACGGGGGGAUUCUUCGUAUUCCCUCAAUGAUAUGCUGCUGCAUUUAUAUUUAACUCAUUGUUUAUCUCCUAUUGGUAGAACGGGAAGAGAAUUCUAUAUUAAAUUGAUUAAUCCCCAUUCCAGGGGUCCUUCUACCUUCAGUGCCUUGUUUUUUUUCAGUUGUUAUAAUUCCUCUUGUGGUGACAUGAAGACUGUAAAUUACUAUAAAUUCUCCUUCUGUAUACAUGUCAUUGAACUGAUCCUUCGCCUUAUAGGUUUUAUACUCCAGUCAUAUCCAGAGCUGCAUUCACAAUUCUUUUGGCUUCCUCUAGGCACGCAGACUACAAGACCUUUCUCCUCCCUGCUGUCCUCUUCCUGUCCAGGGUGUGUAGUGUACUUGUACUGAUCCUAAGUUACAUCAUGGCUUAUACUUCAAUUACAUCAAGAGCUGCAGUCACAAUUCUGCUGCAGAUCUCAGGCUGCAAGUCCUCAAAUGCCCCUGCUGGUUCAGUGUCUAUACAUGCCAUGACAUGUUACAUGGUAUGUGAUGUAGCCUGUAUACCAGGCAUGAUGUCUUUCAGCGUAGUGACUGCAGCUCAGGAUUAUAGGACAGCAUUAAUUUUGAGCAAGCCCCCUGUGCUGUGUACUAUUCUGGAACAUAUGAAGUCAACUCAUGGCAGUGUGCAGUCCCAUGGGAACCUCUGUGCCAAUCACAUGACCAAUAACCCACCUUACUUAACAUGUCAUUAAAAAGAUGUACAUGACCAAUAGAGGGGACAUCAUUCGGGCUCCAGGCAGCAUUGUUUGCAUUGGAAAGAUGUGGACGCUCUGAUCUUCUCUUUAGAGGAAUAGAGGAGAACAUAUCUACUAGGGGACCUACACUAGAGGACCUACACACUUAGGGCUCAUUCACAAGACUGUAGGGCGUAUGUGCUAGUGCUGCGGCACUGGCCAUGUGAAUCCUAUAUUGCGACGCUAACCCAUUGACUUGAAUCGAUCCGCAAUAUACGGCAGAAGAUAGGACAUGUUCUAUCUUUGGCAGUGUGGAGGCACGGACCCAAAAGUCCACGGAAGCGCCGAUCUGUGCAUCCGCUCUGCACCGCACCGUUUCUUGGGUAUUGUGGACCCAUUCAAGUCCUCAUCUUGAUACGGUCCGCAGUAUGGCCACAGUCGUGUGAAUGAGCCCUUAACCUGUGUUGAUUUUAAAAUGUGAAAAUGUGGUCACUUGUCCCCUUUACAGGUACAUUUUACCUUCUAUGGAUAACAUUCUCCCCCUCCUGGUCAGUGACUGACGAAC